GCUUCAGGAGCAAAGUCAGGUAGACGUAUUGCGCAGGGGACACGAAGACCCAGCGUAGUCAGGAGCGAGUGAAUUCUUCAUCAACCUAUUCUUGUCGUCCGUCCUGCACGACGCUACCGUCGCAUGCGACGAGGGACUGCCUGUUGAUGGGGUCCAUGUCCUGUGCCAGUUCGUUGAUCGGUUUCAUCCCUUGAAACCGUCGUCGCCGCAUCCAACUUUGGUGAACAUGGUCGACCACGUCGACGACGAUUUGGAAGAGCUAGAAGCGAAGUUGGAGGAGGCCCUUCGACAAAACGAGCAGCUUGCACACGAGAACGAACUGCUCGAGUCGUACUUGAAGCGCAAUGCCCAGCCCACCUCGAUGGUAGAAGAAGAGGAGAAGCGGGAGAAAGGUGAGAAGGGUGGGGUGACGAAUGCGAAGAAGCGCACGAACAACCUGGCCACCACGAUCAACAACAACCGGGGACGGCCCCCCGCCACGAUCACGAUCGACCAAAAGAACGACAUUUGCAGCGCCGAGCUCGAAGAUGCACAGAAGGAAGUGGAAGAGACGAAGCGAACGUCGGAGCGGCUCAUCGACACGUUGCGAGCGGUGCUGGAAGAGACGGACAUUCGCAUUGCGGAACUAAAGAUGGAUGCGUACGAGUUCAAGCGGGAUAUCGUUGUUGGCGCCGAGAACUUUCGGACGGGCAAAACGAUGGCAGAAAAGAUGGUGCGGUACAUGGAGGAGAAGCUGCGUGCCAAGGACGCGAUCGUGGAGAAGCUGCGGCUAAAGAACGCAACGCUCAAGAGCCAAGCGCAAAAGAUCGAUGCACAGCUCCGCCAGAAGGAAGAGAUGGGCGACGCCCUCCACUACAUUGACUUUCACCAGCUCCAGAUUGAAAACAAGCAGUACGUGGCCAAGAUUGAAGAGCGCAACGACGAGCUGCUCAAACUCAAACAAACGACCGGCAACACGGUGCAGCUCCUCAACUCGCUCAAGCAAAAACUCAACGAUCUCAUCGACGAGUCGGUGUGGCUCCGGGCCGAGAUCAAGACGCGCAUGGAGCUCAACGACAAGGUGCGCGCCGAGCUGACCGCUGUCACCGACGACAUUGCUCGCGACUCCAAGGGAUUGCAUGGUCUGAGUGCAAAUAAAGCCGUCGACGAUUCAAACGACAUGCCCCAGAUCUUGGACUUUGUCGGCCAAAAGGCGGAAAUGUACGACUUGGUGCAAGAAGUCGCCAACUACGAACGAAAAGUCGAAAUCGCCGAGAUGGCCGCCAAGAAGAAGGCGCGCGACCAGCGUCUGCAGCAGCUCCAGACACAGCACGUCGCGCUUGGUUAAGCGUCCCACAAAUCGCUGCCUUCGUCCGCGUCCGAGUUUCACGCAAACAAGUUCGCGCCGUCUAGGGUAGCGUUGUUCAUCGUGCUUGUGCUUUGGAAUUCAUUGACAAUUCAUGGACACGUACAUUCGACCCC